AUUAUUAACAAUUAGAACACCAACCUCAAAACCUCCUUUUUUAGAGACGUUGGUUUCACGCAAAAAUUACCUUUGAAACUCCUUUUAUUUUAUUUUUUUUAUAAGCAAACUCAAAGUUUUGGAUACUUUUGAUGACGUUUCUCUUACAGAAAACAAAUUAUAUUUUUGUCUUAGUGACGUUUUGUUAUAGCACAUUACUUUACCGACCUGUUUCUUUUUUUUUUGCUUUGUUUCUUUGUCAAUCAGCAUCACAUUGAACAUUUUUUUUUGUAAUGUUUUUCAUACAAAAUAUUUGUUUUUCUGGUUUUGUUCUAUGAUAUUUAUCCUCUACUCCUCUCAUGAAAGCUGGACAGAACCCCACGGCCACGAGUCUUCCAGCUAUUUCCCUUUUUUCGAUUACCAAAGUAAUAAUAAAGACUUUUGGUUCCUUCCCCAAAAGAUCGAUCAUAGAGAUCGACAUUGGCGCUCCUUUUUUUUUUAAUCUUCUCUGCUUUUCCAAAUCCGAACAACAGAGCUCGUUGCUCUUUUUCUUUUUUGUUCUUUCCAAAAGAAAGAUCACUACAUAUUGACUGUGUGUCAGUGAAACAUGUCGUCGAUGCAAAGAAGAACUUUGCUCAAAGUUAUUGUUCUUGGAGACAGCGGGGUUGGCAAAACAUCGUUGAUGAAUCAAUAUGUGAAUAACAAGUUUAGUCAACAGUAUAAAGCUACGAUCGGAGCUGAUUUUGUCACUAAGGAGCUUCAAGUCGAUGACAGGCUUGUCACAUUGCAAAUAUGGGACACUGCUGGGCAAGAGAGGUUUCAGAGUCUUGGUGUUGCUUUCUAUAGAGGUGCAGAUUGUUGUGUUCUUGUCUAUGAUGUUAAUUACCUCAAGUCGUUUGAUUCUCUCGAUAAUUGGCACGACGAGUUUCUUAAACAGGCUAGUCCACGUGAUCCAAAUGCAUUCCCUUUCAUACUUGUUGGUAACAAGGUUGAUAUAGAUGGAGGAAACAGCCGAGUGGUAUGUUUUUAGUCUCUUAGCUUUUUGUAUCAAGAGAAUUAGA